CAUACGGGCACGGAGAUGGAUGACAUCAGUAGGGCGUCUGUUGAACGACAGAGUCGUAUAGUUACUUGGUGCAUCUUUCGCACACAGAUUUUAGCAGAGACUCCGUUCCGUACAAAAUGUGACCGUAGUCCUCGUGCCGGCCCGGGAGUGGCCCGGGGUGCUUACUGCUCUUUGUCAUACAUGACUUUCUCGAUAACGCCAGCCAGUUCAAGCGUUCACAGCGCUCGCCGCUCACUGCUUAGCUAA